AUGGUUAGUGUGUCGUCCUUCAAACCCAAUGCUAAUUAUCCAGAGUUGUGUGAUAAAGUGACAAUUGAUUGGGAUGAAAAAAGAGGAAGAUUCAUUAAAGCUAUAGAAGACAUCCCGCUAGGAACUGUUGUAUGCAUUGAAGAAGGUAUAACAGUCAAUGUGGAUUCAAGAUGCUGUUAUCGGUGUUUGAAAUUACUCGGAAAUGACGGAUUUGUAUACUGCCAAAGCUGCGAAAAAUUUAAUGAGCCCAGUGAGAUUGCGUGUGGAGAAUUCGACUCUCUUGGUAUCUUUAAACUUGCUGCUCAUCUUGUUUUCUCGUACCCAUUCGCGGAAAUUACUAAUCUUGUAACGUCUGAUGAACCAGAAGUUCCAAGAGGUUUAUCAAAAACAUUAUCGACUAAAGAUGUACAAUCUGUUUAUCAGCUAAAACCAUUUUUGGGAAUUGAAGAUAGUUUCAAGACGAAAAUUGUUCAAGAAGCUAUCGUAAAAAUAGUAAAAUUACUGGAAGCGGAUGCGAAUUGGGGACGGCUUGAAGAACCAAGUAGGUUAAUAACAUUCACUAAGGCACUGCGAAUUAUGACAGAACGGUGUGCAAAAAAUGCUCACACUAUUUAUAGCAUUGAACAGAUAGAAAAAAAAGAUGAAGAUGUUCCUAUUGGCACAGGACUUUUCCCGAUCUCCUCAAUAUUCAAUCACUCAUGCACCCCGAACGUCUUCGGAUUUUUCGUCCGCAACACAUUCAUUUUCGUCAGCCGGGGAGUGAAAUCUGGAGAAGAACUCGUGGACAGUUACGGCGUCACCUACAAUCAACAUUCACUCAAACAAAGAGAAGAGUUUCUCGCAAAUGUUUCCGGUUUCAAAUGCCACUGUGAUUCGUGUGUAGAGCAGAAAAGUCUCGAAGAUUAUUUAGAAAAGAGUUUCAAAGACGUGGACAGAAGUGCGAGAGAAGCGUCUUCUUUUCUUAACAUCUCUGAUUACAUUGAUUACAUGAAACCAGGAGUGCAGGAUAUCGAGAAUUUAAUUAGUGCGUUCUCUCAAAGACGAGACGCGGAAGUUUACUCUAAAAACUUAUUCUAUUGGUGGAAAAAGUUCAUACAGAAUGCAAACUACCGUAAGAUCGUAUAUGAUCCAUACCUCAUUCGACCAUAUAUCGAAAUGGUACUUUUAACAUGGAAUAAUGAUGUAGAAUGUACGGUAGAUGAGAAGUUGUCGAUUUUAACUGUUGCACAUCGUCUUUUGACCAACUUCUACGUCGGUUUCCAUCCAAUUUCUGAACUCAUUAAAAAACUUUUCGAAACGUCAAUGAAUCCAAUCGAUGAAAACCGUAAUCUUGAAACGUUUCGAAUCUUGAAGCAGAGAGCCGAAAUAUUGUGGAAGCGAGACGAAUAUAUUUGA